AUGCAGAUGGAUCCGAACGAAGCAUACCAAACACUCGCCUCAUUAGCGAGCAACCAGCUGCAGCCACACGAAGAGUCGCCGUCAUCAAGCUUCGGCGGGCAGCAGAGCGGUGGCGGUGGUGGGGGGAAAAGAAAGGCCAACGAUGACCCUAAUCAACCGCAGCAACGCUCGAAGCGCAACCGCUACAUCUCGAUUGCCUGCAAUGAGUGCAAGCGGCGGAAGAUCAAAUGCAAUGGGCAAACACCCUGCCAACGCUGCGGCAAUCUGCAACUCGAGUGUAUCUACGCGCCCAACUGCUGCAAUGGAUUCCGCGACACCCAGGAAUACCGCGAGAUGGCCGGCAUCAUCGUGGCGCUGCAGGAGCAGGUCAACAUGUUAUAUGCCGACCUGAGCAGUCUUCGUGCGCAACUCGGACAGGCUCCGCCGCCGCCUUUACAGCAGGCCCCACAACCACCACCACAGCCGGCACCGAUCCAGCAUACUCCGCAACCACAGCAGCAGUCGAACGCUGCCAUCGACCCGUCAUUGCAGUCUUCCGCCUUCAGCCCGCCUGCUAGAGGUGGGUUGACCAUAGCACAAGCGGUGGCCGGAGCACCCGUUGCCAGUAUGUCGACUCCAACGGCCCGUCCACACAGCAGACAGCAAUCGUUUCGUGGACCUACUAGCGCAGAAUUCAACUUCGAUGUUGCUAAGAGCAGCUUGCAGACCAUGGGCAUCACGGAUCGGAACGGGGAAGGCAGCGGCAGCGGCAAUCAGACCGCUGAUCCAUCUCCCAUGGGCUCACCACGCGCUCGCACCAAUGCCAACCAAUUCCUGACCGCAUACCAUGCGAGCAAAGACCCUCUCUGGAGCAUUACGCAGGAAGAGGCUAUGCGACUGUGUAAUGUGUAUGAGGACGAGAUGGGACUGAUGUACCCUGUGCUUGACAUUACGAAGGUCGUGACGCACGCGACCAAGCUCUACCGGUUCAUGGACGCUGCGCAUCGGACAGGGCUGAUGCAGCAAGGCAUGCCGGGUGCGGAUGCAAUUGAGGAUGAUGAUACGAAUGUGCUCAAAAUGGUGCUUGCGAAUGGCCUGACGGUUGAAGCGUCCGGAAGGAGCGAUACCGGUAAACGGUUGUUCGAAUAUGUGCAGCCGGCCACAGAGAAUUUAUUGCUUGGCAGUGUGGGUGUCAAAGGCAUCCGACUGUUGAUACUGACUGCAAUGUACCAGUUCCUUAGCGAUAACGAAGGUACCUCCUGGCGCAUCAUCGGCGUCGCAGCACGUCUUUGCAUCGAGCUUGGCCUCCACCGCCGCGAGACUUACGAAGCAAUGCAAGACGAGUCCGAACGCGCCGAAACCACCCUGCUCUUCUGGUCCAUCUAUGUCCUCGAUCGCCGCUGGAGCUUCGGCACUGGCAUGCCCUUUGCUUUGCAAGACGCAGACAUAGACCCGCAUUUGCCUAAGCCCGAAGAUCGCUCACCUUACCUCAUGGCCAUGAUUGGCUACAGCGCAAUUGGCAGUAAGGUCUGGCGUGCUGUCGCCGCAACGUCGGCGCCCGGAGCCGGCACUGGGAUCAAUGCGGAGGAUAUGAACUAUCUCGACUAUCAAGUCAUCCAAUGGCACCGCCAGAUCCCCGUACAUCUCCGCUUCGAGCAUCCCUCCCAAGUCGGCAGACUGUCAACACCCAUCGGUCCCGCUGCAUCGCGCGCAGCGAAUCGCCUACGCAUCUUGCUUUAUCUGCGUGCAAAUCAGAUGCGCAUCCUCAUCUACCGUCCUGUCCUCCACUCUGCCACGUCCAUCAUGCAGCACCGCGAGCAAGCGCAAACAGUUGUUGACGUAGCCAAGGACACUGUUCGCGUUCUUACGCACAUCAACCAGACCUCUGACCUGUAUCGCUCGUCGCAGGUUAUGUUCAACGCCUUCCUCACCUCCGCAUUGGCGGUGCUGUUUCUAGCGGUCAGCCAUACACCGGCUCUCUUCGCCGAAAACGUGAGGGAAGAGUUCUAUAUGGCCCUUGAUCUCGUGCGAGGCUUCAGUAAAGGCUCUUGGAUUGGCAAACGCCUAUGGAAGACUAUCCGUGUCCUUAAAGAAGUCGGGCCAAAACUCGGGCUCCCGAUUAAAGAUACCGGCGCCGGCGCGCACAAACAACCACAACAGCACCUCCGCCAGGACUCUACGACACAAUCACACCAGAAGCUGGAAGAACUGGAUAUGGAUCCCAGCCGUUCUGCCGCGGUCGCUAUGGCCGGGUUGGCGGGCCACAAUGUCGACGAGUUCGCAUUGUUCGGUAAUGGCAACAACGGCACGGCUACGGCGCAGCAAUGGGCUACGGCGCAGGGCACGGGAUCGAGUACGAGUCCGGAUGGGAUGGCGAAUGAUCUCACUAGCUUGUUCGAGGCCGUGGGCGGGUAUCAGGGUUAUGACGGUAUGGGCGUGCAGAACGGUGGGUUCGGGAACAUUGGGGAGAUGGGUGGAGAGGAGGGCUUGAGUGGGAUAUUCAAGGAGUUGUUCUGA